AUGACGGAUUACAUCACCGGUGUUGAGUAUGAAGACGCAGAGAUUCAGGAAUAUAUAUCUGAGCAAAACAUGAUUCACUACCUCAAUGAGGGCGCCAUAGCCUUGGCUAAAGAGAGGCCUGUCAAGCCGUUGCUGUGGCUUGGCCAGUGGUUUUUAAGUAACAAUAGGAAAAAGCCGCUCCUGCAGGCCCCCGAUGCACAGCCUAAUAAGUAG